GAGCGUGCAUGCUGAGAUGGAACACGCACCAACCAAGCCUCCCAGUAGCCCAACAUUGACGCAGAGCCAUGGCCGCGCGGUUGAAGGACCUGCAUCAUGGUGCAGGUGCUUUCGGGGCCCGCCUGCGCUGGCGAGCAGCUUCUCAGCUUCGAGCACUACCGAGGCUCUGCUCGCCGCGAGGCCUUCUACUCGCGCAUGCUUUGGGCCAUCGAUCUGAUUCGAGGUUUCCACCAGCGGAUCCUCAGCAUGGCCGGCGAAGUCACCGGCGCCGCGAGUAGCGUCUUCUACUUGCCGUCCUUCUUUGGUUUGCUAAUCGCGCUGCAAGACGAGGAGAGCCUGCGCUGCCUCAUCCAGGCCUCCGCGACGAUCACCCAGAGCAGCCUCUACUGGCGAAAUUUGGGCUAUGACCACUUCUAUGUGCACGGCAUGGAGUACCCAGUGGUCACAGACUUUGACUUCGCGUGGGGUAAGCCCCAAGCCCGCGACGAGGCCAAGCUUUGGAUCGUGCAGGCCUUCUAUGCCAGCACGCGGAACAUGGCCAUCCUCACUACAGGAGAGCUCAGCCACGGAUUGGUCUCCACCCUUGCGGCGAACCUUUACACCAUGAGGCGCGUGGUAAACAUCCCCUUCAUGCUGCGCGAUGGCGUGGAGGAGCUGGAGGAGAGGCGCAGGUUCCGCCUGAGCUUUGCCGGCUCUGUGCAGGCUCACAACUUUGAGCGCGUGCUCUUCUUAAGG